AAGCAAUGCAGUCGCGUCGAGUGACGAUUAUAUGGCUAGCAUGCCUAUGUGGUCUGAUUGGGGCCCAGCCCGAUAAAGCAGGAGUCCUUCCCAGCAAGAAUGGGGAGUACAGCGUCAACAUUCGUUUGAAGGAUAACAACAGGCGCGAGGAACGGGUGACCAGCUCCGCUGAGGGUGUGCCACAUGUGAAGGGCAUCUUGGAGCACGUCUAUCCGGGGCAGAACACUGUGUAUAUAGUGGAGUAUGAGGCAGGAGCUCGGGGCUAUAAGGCUAGCUAUCGCUACAGCGACUACGAGUCCACUACUACCCCAAGGACACGGCUGAGCAAUGGAGCGCUGAAGGCGGCAACUGGUUGA